CCGCGGUCAGCCAGCGGACCAGCGGCAGGAGCCGUUCCCCGACGGGCAGCGGGGCGCUCGGCCUCCGCGUCUGGGCUGAGCGCGGCGACGCUGCUGCCCCGAAAUCCUCGUGGAUCUUGAGUCGUAUGGAACCUCAAGGUCUUUGUGACAAUGGAAACCAAAAAAUUAAUUGGUAAACCGCUUCAACCAGCAAGACCUGUUCGUCAUCUGACUUCUCCCCCAGGAGCAGUGUUCCCUUUCAACUUUCAAAAUGAAUAUCCAUGCAACACUCAGUGCAUACAAAGUGGAGUUAGCAGAUGUAAGACGAAUGGAAUGCAAGCCUUUUCUCAAGGUCUUAAUGAACAACAGCAACAUCAGUCUCCAGUUAAAAAAGAGAGAAUUAAAUACAGCAGAGAUUUCCUGUUGAAGCUCUCAAGUGUUUCCAUCUGCAGAAAAAAACCAGACUUUCUGCCUGAUCAUCCCAUUGUACUGCAAAAACCAGAAAACAACCAAAGUUUUAAGUAGCAUUUUAAGAACAGAUGAAUUUGAAGAGAAAGAAUUAUUCAUUUUAUAGUUUGGACAUCUGCAAAUGAGGUGGAUCUAGCAACAAUAACUGUAAUGGACUGUGACAAUUCAAUUUAUUCUUAAUUUUGAUGGUUGAGUAUUUGAC